AUGCCACUCGGUAAACAUUUCUGCUCAGUGGGCCUCGGGGAUGAAGCUGACAUUUUUGAUGAAUCUUCACCUGCCAACAGUGAUGAGCUCGGCCAUGUAUUAUUGCUAAUUUUCAAGUCCUGUAUGACUGAAGUUCCCAGAGCAAAGGAUCUCAAAGUUCCAUUGAAGAAAAUCCACCCUGAUACCAGGAUCAAAGCAUUUCAGCACAUUGAAGAUGAAGCAACCCUCGUACCACUCUAUGACACGCAUGCAUGUCGUUGGAACUGGCCACUCCCAGAGUCACAUUUAGAUAAACUCGCUGCCAGUGGGGAGAGAAGUAAUCAGGCAAGAGAGAACAGUAGCAUGGACCAGGGAGAGAGGGAAGGAGAAAAUAGUGGUGCCACAGAUCAGAGGUCGGGAGAUUGGGAUAUCAUCGAUGACACUGGUGCACCUGCUGCCUCUGAGUCACAGGUUGAGAGUCUUAGCCAGCCUGAGGACGACAUAAUGUCAACAAAUGCCAGCUCUGCCAGUAGUGACAAAGCCCCAGUGCUCCAUGCAAUUGACCGCGAUUCUACAAAACCAUGGAUGACCAAACAGGUGUUUGCAUCCUUCAAUAACCUUCUUACCUUUGCCCUCCUCCUGCAGAAGCCUGCACUCACUCAGAAGCAUAACUUAUCUCAUAUCUGGAGUGCAUUGAACUCCUUGUCCAUAAUAUGUGGCGAUGAAAUCACACGCAAACCAGACCUCACCCUGCUUGAUGAUAUCGAGGCUAGAUGGGAUACAAUCAAGGCCAUAUGUGAGCUGACUUCAAGUGCCUACUUACCUUCACAUCCCCUUGCCAAAACUCUUGACACCAAGGCUUACCUGCUUCUCAAACACCAACUGUGGAGACAUUUUGCACUGUUGGUCUCCAUUUGCAAUGAGUAUCGCGAGCUUCACAUCCAUCUAUAUGACCACUUGGGCGGAGUUGUCAGCCCUUGCACACAUAUCGAUCGAGAGCUGGACAAGUACUUAUGGAUAUUUUCAUCCAUUGUCUUUGGCAAUCUCGAGUGUAUCAGACUCAACCCCACAAUUACUAUCUUGAAACACAUGCUUCAUCGCACACUUCAAUCCCCUGAUUUCUGUGUUGCCAAACCCUCACCUUCUCCUCACCAGACUGCUGAAGUGAUCUCAGAUGCACUGAUCAUGGAGAGCGAGACCAUCGAGAUCGAAGAGAUCGUGAGUGAGCCCCCACAUACCAUAGAGGAUGCGGUGCCCAACCCCACAGCCAACAUCCCUCCAAACCUGGUUCCCCUCAUAGACAAAGUCCCUAGCGAUUCUUUGAGUGGACCCCUCCCAGAGCCAAUAGGAAAAAUACGAGUAAAUGAGAAUACAUACAAUAUCCUGGAUCUAAUAUUCUCCACUCAAGGUCUUGUUGGUCGUGGCACAGUGUGCUAUCUGGUGAGAAAGGAUGAGGAAGAGUAUAUCGUCAAGGAUCACUGGGUCCUCGGGAGUAAAUCAGAGGUCCUGAAUGAAAUUUGUAUGAUGGAGAAAAUGGAUGGGAUCUGUGGUGUUCCUUGCCUUGUCGAAUAUUGGCUUGUGGAGAUGGAACCUGGCGAGGUUGACAAAACAGUGAAGUAUUGUCAAAAGUACAGUGUUGGGGGCACAGGCACAGUACCUUUCAUGUCGCGGUCCCUUCUCUUCCAGCUUUACCUCCACACACUGGAUCCAUCCGAUGAGCGCUUGGAGUGGUAUGACCUCAUUAAAAACCCUAAUCAGUUGCAUUUCGAUAAUGUAAUUGAUCUGCUGGGUAGACACAUCGCUGCACUUCUAAAGGAGGACUCUCCUGGGCCCCUAGUCUCCAAAUGGGUAAUUCUCUCAGCGGCAGGUUCACUCAUGCCACCCCAGAACAAUGAGGAAAGUGCGUCACCACCUGUAGAUGAGACACGACAGAAGCAAGUGGUUGAUCACUGGUGGAUGAUGGAAGCCAUACCCAAGCUGAAGAGGAACAAAACUGAGUAG